CGCGUGACGUCAGCGGCUCAAGACAUACACAUGCUGUCAGCGUGUUUUCAACACAGAAGUUAGUGCUAUACAGUGUGUCUUAAUAACAUAAAUACUUGGUUUGGAAAAGAGUGCUUGAGGAAUAGACGCGCUGAAGUGCCUGCUGUUGAUGUCUGCAACGGUCCCGUUUCAUCAUGUGGCAAGGCGCUGUCUUUAUGCCCAUGCAUGCCAACGUGUUUCCAUUUUUAGAUCCCAACGCUUAUCAUCAGAUGUGAAAAAUGGGCAGCAAAAGAGAGAAGAAGAAACAGAAAGCAAGCUGGCGCACAACCCCUUGGCCUACUACCAGAGACCGAAGAGAUGUUCCUCAACCAUGAACCGCUCAGAAACUGAAGAAUUGUCCUGUAAUCUCUUUCUGAACCAUCAACAGUGUAGCCCGUACAGUAUUAGCGCCUCUCGAUGGCUCUCCAGCAACAAGAACAAGCUGUUAAACACAGCUUCAAAACAAGGAGCCAAUCAAACCCCAAACGCCGCCAAAGUGCAAAGCAUCAGUGACCCACGAGCCUUUCAGAGAUGUCGGCCUGAAUACCGCAACAUGACCCACGACCCAACCCAACGCUCGUCUGCUGUAGACCUGAAUGAGGCCUUGUUAGUUCUUCGUAAAGUUAUGAUACAAAACGGCAACAUGGAACCUUCAGAAGCAACUAAUUUGUUGUCCACACUUGGUCAGGUUCCCAGAGAACAGGCCGCGGUAAUAAGAGACGACAAGCGAUUGAACGCGCUCCUGGGGUACAGUGCGGGGAUCCUGCCAAACCUCACAACGCCGCAGUUAUUGGAUGUGCUGACGGCCUUUGUGAAUUUAGGCUUGCCUACAUACCACAGAGUUCUGGGAUGGUGCCAAACCGAGUUCUGUCGGCGAGCGAGCGAGAUGGAGCUUCACCAGCUGCUGCUCGCCGCCGACUUGUGGCGAUGCCUAGGUCGAAGUGUUCCUAAGUACCUCGAGAGGCUCUUUGAGAACGUGACAAAAAACUUCAACCAGAUGGGUCUUCCAGAGUUGGUUCAACUCUUGUACAUUAUCGGUGAAGGCAGGCGAUGCCCGGAUACCCUCGUUCAACCCCUUGAGUCGUUACUUAUGCGCCAUUUGAGCCAACUGAUGCCUGAAGAGCUUGGUGCUGUUUGCUUAGGCCUCUUUAAAUCACAAUGCUCCCUGUCUGAGAGAGCGACGCGCCGGCUUAUGGACAGGGCGGUCGUUGUAGUCGAGGAUAUGAGCGAUUUUGUAAUCGCUAAUGUAAUGAAGCUAAUGCGAUUUAGCUAUCUAGACCAUCUCCCGUGGUUGGAGGCCAUGGGAUCGGAGGUGCCUCGACGUGCCCCGAAAAUGGAAGUUCAAGGUCUCAUGCAUAUCGUCUUGGCCUGCUCCUCUCUGCAUUAUCGAGAUGAUCGCAUUCUCUUAGCUGUGGCCGAACAAUUACCCAACGUGGUCAGUCAAUGUCGGAGUAAAGAUGCUGCAAAGUUGUUGUGGUCCUUUGGGAAUUUAGGAGUCCUUCCCAAACAUUGUCCCAACCUGUAUCCAUGUCUCACUGCAAUCUUACGAGAACGCCAAGCUGAGUUUGAGCGAUACCCUGAACAUCUGUUGACCGCUCUGCUUGGACUUGCUUUCGCCGGUCUAUUCCCUGAAGACCUGCUCAGUCUGGCUUUAAGUGCAGAGUUUGUCAACAAGGCUUGUAAUUUCCAAGAGUUUGAGUUGAAGAAGGACUUAUUCACCUUAGAUGGAACCGUAGGCUUGGACUUACCCGAGUCGACGGUCCCAAGACUUAGUCUUGCAAUUCGGGAAGAAGUCUCCAAGCUCCUGUGGGAUUUUGCUCAAUCGGAUAUCUGUCAGAAGCCCGAGGUGCUCGAGGCUGAAGAAGUGUUGAGGAGUCUGCUGGGUGGAGAGAUGUUUGUUCGCAAACACAUGAUUCUUCCGCACUUGCGCUCGAUUGAUCUGGAAGUGCACUUAGACCUAAACGACCAGCCUGUACCUGUAUCCUCCGGGCCUUACCAACAAAAUCUCGCCUCUCAAAACACAGAUGCAAGGCUCUCUGGAGUUACCAUAACUGACACCCUACUAGCUCAACUAACUAAUACACAGAAGAAUCCAGUGCAGCCAUCUAACCAGUUCUUUCAAAAGCCUGAGAUUCGCACCGUCAAACCGGUCCACGAGAGAGAAGGUAUUUACAAUGUGGGUAUCGAUCUGACGGACGAUCUUCUGAUGGCGCUGACCAAAUGUCGAAAGCGUUCGUCCCGUCUGGACGAUUCUAAACCAUCGAUUCAGAGACUUGCUGUUCAAGUGACACAUAGGAAUCACUACUGCUACAGGAGCAAGCAGCUGCUUGGACUGCAUGCCCUUAAAAGACGUCAUUUAGAGCUGGCCGGAUAUAGAGUCGUAGAGUUGUAUCACUGGGAAUGGUUUCCCUUGCUGCGACGCUCCUAUGCCGAGAAGCUGGCCUAUCUGCACUGCAAGAUAUUCAGCUCUUCUGACUACAAAAAAUAGAAUGAUUGAUUUCUCCACAAACCACUAGGUGUUGCUCAGCCUACAUUUUUCAUACUAAUUCACGGCAUUUGUUUGUUUUUUGUUGAAGCUAUUAUGGGAUUGUAUUGUUUGCAUUUUUAAGUUUGUAAAUUAAAAUUUUGUCAUUAUUAAAGAGUAUUAGGUUAACCCUGCUGAAUUCCAUGCCAAAAAUAGACGCUGUGAAAAAUUCUAAAGAUUCAAGCAAAACUGUACUGUAGCGUGUUAAAGAUGGAAAACUAUAACAAAAACAUCCCUUGUUUUGUGUUAUUUCUGUUGUGUUAGGAAUCAGUCUGACCCAUUUGAUCUGAAACCCCGUUUUUGUAUUUCAUGCAUGUAGUUAUUAUUAGUACUGUGCGUUUUUGCCAUGUCUGCCUCUCAAACCCAGUGGGAGAGUAAAUGAGUUCAUCACACUUAUUUUCUAAGCAGUAGUUCGGUCUAGGGCUGCGCGUGAAGCUUCAAAGCGCGUCACGUGAUCAAAAGACGACGGGCGACAGGUGUGUGACGUCAAAGUAUCGCGAGAGCGUUUGACAGCUGAUGGUUUAUAUAAAAACGAAAGAACAUGACUGACAAGAAAAAUUCAAACACGCCUCGUUUUCUUUUUAGUCACCUGACUGCUUUACUUUGCGUAGGAAUGUUUUGUUUUUUUUUUACUGUUUGAAUCCUGGCCAAUAUGCUCUGCGGGUCAUAUCAUAUAAACCAUGUUAAAACUAUCAUCUUAUUCAUUACUGUUAUAGCCUAGCUAUUACAUUUAUUGACACGCUUUAAUUAUUAAUUGUAUUAUCAAUAGAGAAAAUACAUUUAGCUGUGAUUAAAACAGUUGAGCCCUCUAGUUUACACAUUAUACAUUGUUUUGAUGUUAUUCAAUGUCGACAGUAAAAUGAAUAACAGUAUGAAUAUUUCUGCCUUUGCACGGCUAGGAUAUCGUACGAAUGUAGAUCUAUUUGUUUGCCACAAAUAAAACAAGCACCAUA